CUAGAAGUGAGAGCAGAGGAGUAACACUCCUGUGGACAGUCCCAGAAGCAACCUGGGAGCACCCCAAAUAGUCCUCGAUGUGAAUCAAUCCCAUGAUGCAACAUGCCUCCCCUGCCCCAGCUCUGACAAUGAUGGCCACGCAGAAUGUCCCCCCGCCACCUUACCAGGACACCCCGCAGAUGACUGCGACCGCCCAGCCACCCACCAAGGCCCAGGCCGUCCAUAUCUCAGCACCUUCAGCUGCCGCCAGCACCCCAGUUCCCAGUGCCCCCAUUGACCCCCAGGCUCAGCUGGAGGCUGACAAGCGUGCCGUAUACAGGCAUCCUCUCUUCCCACUCCUGACGCUGCUGUUUGAGAAGUGUGAACAGGCCACCCAGGGCUCUGAGUGCAUCACCUCAGCCAGCUUUGACGUGGACAUCGAGAACUUUGUUCAUCAGCAAGAGCAGGAGCAUAAGCCCUUCUUCAGUGAUGACCCGGAACUGGACAAUCUGAUGGUGAAAGCAAUCCAGGUUCUGAGAAUCCACCUGCUGGAGCUGGAGAAGGUGAAUGAACUCUGCAAGGACUUUUGUAACCGUUACAUCACCUGCCUCAAGACUAAGAUGCACAGUGACAACCUGCUCAGGAAUGACCUUGGAGGUCCCUAUUCCCCCAACCAACCAUCCAUAAACCUGCACCCACAGGACCUCCUACAGAACUCCCCCAAUUCCAUGACAGGAGUCUCCAAUAACCCCCAGGGGAUUGUAGUCCCAGCCUCAGCACUCCAGCAGGGAAACAUUGCCAUGACAACGGUCAAUUCACAAGUUGUUUCAGGUGGAGCCUUGUACCAACCAGUUACCAUGGUAACCUCCCAGGGUCAGGUGGUCACCCAAGCAAUUCCCCAGGGAGCUAUCCAGAUCCAAAACACACAGGUUAACCUUGACCUCACCUCCCUCCUGGACAACGAGGAUAAGAAGUCCAAGAACAAAAGGGGAGUCCUGCCCAAGCACGCUACCAACAUAAUGCGUUCCUGGCUCUUCCAGCACCUCAUGCAUCCCUAUCCCACAGAGGACGAGAAGAGGCAGAUUGCAGCCCAGACGAAUCUCACCCUCUUGCAAGUCAAUAACUGGUGAAUUGGCUGGCCUAUAUCUCUGGGUGGAAAGCUGGCCCUGGGACAGGGGAAAAUUAAAGAGUUUCUGGCUUGCAAAGGAUGUGGGAGAAGGGAUGGGUACCAGGUGUGUGCUGGCCAGAUCCUUAAAGCCCAGGAUCCUGGAUUGUUACAUUCCCAGCAAGGUGGUUCUCUGUACAGAAUGAGGAAGAUAGAGAUGAAAGAAGAUAAGGAUGGUGUGAUGAUUGAGAUGGGUAAAACUGAAAGCCUCGCUAUGGAGCCCAAAGACCUUUCCAGCCCGCAGAGCUGCCUCAGCUUCUCUGCCUGUAUCGCGGAGGAGAGAGGAGCUGUGGGGAUGGAAGAGAAGAAGCCCUAA